UCCUCUUGCCUUUUCCACAGGAACCGCCUCCUCACCUUGAAAGAAAAGUCUUCGCUGGACCCCAUUUACAUUGGGCUCGUUGGCAGCACCGGGGCUGGGAAGAGCUCGCUGUUCAAUGCCAUCAUUGAGGAGCAGUUCUUCCUGCCAGUGUCGGGGAGCCAGACCUGCACCUCGUGCAUCGUGCAAGUCAGCAGCAGCCGGAGCAAAAACUACGAGGCAAAAAUUCACCUUCUCUCACUACAGGAAUGGAAGGAGGAACUGAAGAAUCUGGUGGAGCUUGUGCGGAAACCCGGAGAGGAGGAAGAAGAGGAGGAGGAAGGUGAUGUAGGUGAAGCUGUCCAAAAGCUUCAAGCGCUCUAUGGGAGAGGUGCUGAAACCAGACCUUAUGAAGACCUGUUGAGGGCAAAGCCCCUAGUACAUAUCCCGUCCUCAAAUUGUAUUCUCCUCAAGGGAGUGCAGGCAAAAGAACUCUCUGACAAACUGGACCCUUUUGUCCGGUGUCAGAGUAACAGGGAUGAAGAGAAAGCCAACAUGCGAUUCUGGCCACUAAUCAAAUACGUGGAAGUGACAAUUCUGAAGUCUAAUGUGAUUCCGGAAGGUGUCGUGUUUAUGGAUAUUCCCGGGACAGGAGAUUACAACAGCAAAAGGGACGAAAUGUGGAAAGAGAGCAUCAAUAAAUGUUCAGUCAUCUGGGUUAUCAGCGACAUCGAACGAGCUGUGGGAGCCAAAGUCCAUGAAGUGCUGCUGAAAGAGAGCAUCAAAGCUUACCAAGGCGGGAUGUGCAGUGACAUCGCUCUGGUGGUCACCAAGUCUGAUAAGCUGCAGCUGGAGGAAUACCUGAGGGAAAGACAAGAGCAAGACAUAUCUAUAGAAACCAAACACGAUGCCAUUUUAGAGAGGAACGCAUUCGUGAAAGGGAAGAAAAGUGAUGAAAUGAAGACAAAGCUCGAGGGAAUAGUGCCAAGUGACUCAGAAAUUCUGAACAAGGCUGAUCUCGUUUACACGGUCAGUGCUAAAGAAUACUGGCGGGAGAAGUAUAUCACUAAGGAAGAGACAGAGAUCCCCAAGCUGAGAGAGUACAUCAGGAAUAUCUUUCUGAAAGAGAAGAAGAAGCUGCUGGUGGAUUAUGUGACAGAGGCUCUCGGCAUUGUCCUGCUGGCUGAGAAUUUCAACUCCACACGAGACACGGUGAAUCACUAUCAGCAGAGCGGCUUGGAAGGAUUUGUGAAGGACAAGAUCGAGGCUUUGGAGAAGGAGAUUGAGAAAUGUUUUGCCCACCUGGAACAGCCCCUUAACGAAGGUGUGAAGAAAGCCAAAUUAUCUCACCAAAAAACAUUCUCUCAGCUCCUUACACGAGACACUGGCUACCAAGGCUUCCACAUGACCCUGAAAGCUGUGUGCCAGAAGAAUGGUGUAUAUGCAUCUCGGGUCUUCGCCCGCAUAGACCUCAACAGCGCCCUGGCUCAGCCCAUCUACGACAAAAUCGACCACAUGUUCGCAAACAUAUUCAGGAUCCAAGAGGGAACCAAAUCCUUGCUGAAACCCUGCCUUGAUAUGUUCAAAGACUCGGUGCAGGAGAAAAUCCGUGAGGUUGGGAAGAAGAGCCCAGUGACCAGGGACCACUGCAAGCUCAACUUCUUCACUGAGGAACGAGACACUGGCAACCGAGGCUUCCACAGGACCCUGAAAGCCGUGUGCCAGAAGAAUGGUGUGUACGCGUCCCGGAUCUUUUCCCACAUAGACUUCAACAGUGCCCUGGCUCAGCCCAUCUAUGACAAAAUCAAUCCCACGUUUGCAAUCAUAUUCAGGAUCCAAAAGGGAACCAGAGCCUCACUGAAACCCUGCCUUGAUAUGUUCAAAGACUCGGUGCAGGAGAAAAUCGGCGAGGUUGUGAAGAAGAGCCCAGUGACCAGGGACCACUGCAAGCUCAACUUCUUCAUUGAGGAAACAAACAUCAUCCUGAGGACCCUGGAAAGAGAGAUCCUUAAGAAGAAGAUGGCUGUCUACCAGUCCCUUCCGCUGUCCAUCCAGAGUGACCUAAAGCCUUACUAUGAAGAGGCGGCUAAGAUGCAGGGGCUGGAAUCCUGCCAGAGGAUGCAAACUAUCCUCAAGGAGAACAUUGCAAAAGAGACAGAGGAUGGAAUGUUUGAGAAGGCAAAGGAGAAGAUGAAGAUGCAGCUCCAGGAACUGAAGGACUCUGUCGUGACAAAGCUGCAGAUGGACAUUUCCACCAUGCUCAAACUCGCCUGGUCUCACCGGGAAGAACUCACCGAGAAGCUACCAGACUUACAGGAUGAAUACCAAGAAAUUGAAGAGAUUCACAAAACGCUGCAAAGAAAGAGACAUUCUUAAAAAGAGACAUCAGAAAUUCUCUAUCACAAAAUCUGUGUUUUAAUGACCCUGU